UGUUAUUAUUUAGUGCAGGUGGGUGACAUCAGUGUUGAGGAAACAACCGCCUUGCAGGAGAGUGGAGGGGGACUCCGCUGACGUCCUCUGAAUCUCUCUCAAGGAGAAACGCGCAUAUCGACAAAAACAAGUAGGAUGCAGUGAAUCCUCGCUGAUAGCUUUCAUAGAAAGCAUUAGUUGUUUUGUUGGCUGCAUCAAACGUAUCUACAGACGCGCGUGUUAUUGCAGUCUCGAUGUGCUCGUGCUCCAUCAUCCGUGACACUGGAUAUACAGCCGUAGAAACAUCAACACUGUGAAGGUGAUGAAGCUGGUAGAGAGAUGGUCAGAACCGAGAGACUAUUUGAGAAGAUAUGCAUGCACUUGAGGUGUGAGGGAGACUGAGCACGGGUGGGUAAUGUAGCGAUUAUCAUGCGACUUCGCCCGGGGUGCCGCGCUGAACCGUAUCGGGACCGGCGGCGGAUGGGGUAACUGGCCCGCGGGGACGACCAGGUCGUGGGCCGCCGCCGCAUCCUAAACCGCCCCUGGCUAUCCCCGGGGUGUGUGGGACGGAGAAAAGAUGCCGGACGCCACGGUAGAUGCAGAAGAGCCCAUUCUGAACGGGGCUGGGCGGGAAGAGCAGCAUCCAGUGAAGCAGUCUUUAGCUUCCUCUUUGUGUCGAGAGUCUCACUGGAAGUGUCUUCUUCUCACUCUGCUCAUGUUCGGCUGUUUCGGCACACUGACCUGGUGCAAGCUGUGCAAGGUUCCAGCGCCAGCUCCAACAGAGCCGGAAGCUGCCGUUGUUGAACCUGGAGACCCCUUUGCAACCUCAGCUAGCGCCAGUAUCUACAUCCCAGAUGAACUGGGUUUCGAUGGUCCCUGUUCCAGUGGCUACAUUUAUAUUCCUCUUGCCUUUCUGGCAAUGCUAUACGUGGUCUACCUGGUUGAAUGCUGGCACUGUUAUUCAAAGACAGCCAUGUUGGCUCAAGCAGAAGUUGCAGAAGUGUAUGAGCGUGUGCAGAGGCUGCAGCAGGCUACGCCCUGCAUCUGGUGGAAGGCCAUCAGUUACCACUACGUGCGACGGACCAGACAGGUGACACGCUAUCGCAAUGGGGACGCCUAUACCAGCACACAAGUGUAUCAUGAACGUGUGAACACGCACGCUGCAGGCUCGGAAUUCGACUAUGCGCGGUAUGGCGUUAAAGAUGUUUCAAAGGAACUAAGGGGAUUAUUGGAUCACCCAGCUGUACGGCUGCGCUUCACCAAAUGCUUUAGUUUUGCCAGUGCUCGGGCAGAGGCUGCCUACCUCACCCAACGUGCACGAUUUUUUGGUGAAAACGAAGGGCUGGAUGACUACAUGGAGGCCCGUGAAGGUAUGCAUUUAAAGAAUGUAGACUUUCGUGAGCACAUUUUAGCCUUCCCUGACCCAGCCAGGCAGCCUUGGUAUGCCAGAAGUAAAAUUUUCUGGCUGGCCUCCGCUCUGCUCCUGUCCUGGCCGCUGCGCAUUGUUGCGGAGUAUCGCACUGCAUACGUGCACUACCAUGUGGAGAAACUGUUUGGUGACACUGAUGAAAACAGUAGGGGGGACAUAACUGAGAGCGGUAGGGGCAACGAGAAUGGAAACGGAGGAGGGAGCAUUGGGUCAAGCUAUCGUGCCAUUUCUCGUGUUAACACAGUGGACAUGACCGAGCUGGAGUGGCACAUUCGCUGCAACCAGCAGAUGGUUCCCAGCUACUCCGAGGCUCUUCUGAUGGAUCCUGGUUCAGGUGCCACUCAGGGAACCAGCACUCCUCCGGCCGGACAAGGGACUAACUCCACGACGGGUGGUCCCACGCUUCCAGUGGCUUUUGCCUCGGCUUACUUGCUUCAGAGCUGUCCUCGCUGCCGCCGUACCACAAGCAGUGCUUCCCUUCCUUCCAGACUGAGAGGCCCAACAGCAGCUCUGCUAAAUGGAACGAUGGCCGGGAUGAGGGCUAUUGGGUCUGGAGGGGGUCCUGGUGUCCCAGGGAGGCUGGUUCUGAGCAGAAGUGGCUUCUCAUUGGGACGGCUUCAGGCUCCUCGUCCAUCGUCCCUCUUCCACUCCCGCAGUGUAGGUGGAGGACUAGCAACAAGAGGAGACGAGGGAAGCGGAGGAGGCUUUUUACAUUUGAGUUCCAGACAGGAUGAAGAGAGCAGAAGAGUUCUGGAGGGAGAGGAGGACGAGGAGGUGGGACAUGAGAUGCAAAGAGAGGAAGAAGAGGAGAGAGAAGGGGAGCAAAGUGAGCAACAGGAGGAGGUAGAAGAAGAGGAAUCAAGGGAAGGAGACAGGCCUCCUACAUAUCAGGAUGCUUUCUUCUUUCCUGUGUUAAUAGUUCAUGGAGAGGAGAGUUGCCAUUCAGGCGGUGACAUUUCCUGAAGAAGAAUGCCUAAACCACAGUACAAAGGAAUGUUAAAAUAAAAAACCGUAAUGGCCAAAUAAUUAAGGAAACAUGGACUGAAUUUGAGGAAUUAACUGAAGAACGAAGAUUUCUUUUUAACAAAAAGCAAUGUUAAACUUAUAAAUUCUAUGCAAUAAAGUAAAAGUGAUUUUAAACACAAGGACAAACAUAACAGAUGAGGCAAGAUCGUCAUACUGCACAUCGUCUGAUCUUACUCUAUAGAAAAGUCUUCCAAACUGACUGGGAACGAAAUUCAAGGAAAAUAUAAACUAUGGGGAAUGUUAUUAUUCUACCCAUACACAGUUAUAUUUGGAUUUGUCUGGCUAGUCGGUAAAAUUAGUUUUUGUUUCUCCAAACCAACCAGGAGAAGAGCCUCAUUAAAAUAUUAAUUGGGAUUUGCCUUCUAAAAGUAUUUCUCCAUGAUUAUUGGUUCAUUUGAUUGGUAUCCCAGGUUGCAUCUUUUAUUCCAUACAAAAAAGCAUCUUGGAAAAUCUGAUGGAUGCCAUUAUUAUUUCAGGGAGUUCAGUUAUGUUAAGCUAUUUUCAAUUUUUGCCGAUUCAGUGAGUCAUUUCUUACUCAGGAUCAGAAGCCAAGUCUCUAAAAUGUAUAGUUUGCCAGUCAGUUGUUUAUUUGUACAACAGCACAUCACCAAUUUUGCCUCAUGAAGUGCUUGACUCACAAAAGCACAUAAAUAAUAGUUUAGCAUGUUGCCCUCCAUCUAGCCUCUGUGCUUGUCCUUGAUUGGCUCAAGUGUAUAAAUAGUAGUGUAAGCACAUUGCAAAAUACACAUCUGAAUGUGUUUAAAGAUUAGAAAAUGUACACAAAUCUUCCUAGUUGUCGUAUUUUUAAGCUUUAAAUGUAAACAGAUGUUCACAAAUACACAAGCCACAUACAAACUCUCAGUCCUAACAUAAAGCAUGCAGUCAUGGUCGCUCAAUUAUCCUUAAGAAGAGCAGAUAAAUGUUGCAACUGCAGUGUUAAAAAACACCUUUAAGAUAAAGAAAUCGUUGUUGAAAACAGACAAAAUGUUGUGUCAUCACGUGAAUGUCGAACUUCAGUGAUGUGGUGUCUGUGUAAAUCACAUUGAGAAUGUAAAGUGUCUCAUCUGUAUUUGACUGUGCAGUGUUCAUCUGACCCCCCCCCUCCCCCUUGGUACCCAGAAGGAGGAAAUCUGUACUCCCAAAAUACUUGAAUUUUAGAAGUUAGAAGUUAAUGCAUUGCUACAAAUGAUUCAGGUGGUCUUAAAAGUAGAUUGUAUGUUGUUCAGCAUAUGUGUUUAAAGAGAAUGCAAAAUGUGAACCCUUCAAAUGUUUUUUAUUUUAAUGGUAGCACUACAUUAAGAAGCAAUAUUUUCCUUAUUGUGACAUUGGCGUGAUUAUCAUAUACUUUUUCUUGGAAUAGGGCAGUUUAUUGAGAUGUUUGUGGGGUACAGUAUAUUUUAUUUGUUUAGAUUAAAUGAAC